CCGGGCAAAUAGAGUGCAGUGGUUUACAGACUUUAACAAGUUUUGUAAAGUAUUCCGCAGUGAUGACAGGUGAUAUAACUGGAUCUUGGUUUCCGAGUGGUUAUUAUGGGCAUUUUCGAAGUAAAUCCCGGAAUGACUACUUACAAGAAUAUCGUUUAGCAGCAAGACCCACCCCGCCAGAAAAGUUGGUACAGAGGCUAAAGGAUAACCCCAGGAAGCACUCUUUUUCUGCUCAUGACAACCGGCAUGUUUUUCAGACCAAUGCUCACUAUUUUGAAAGUGGUUUAGGAAGAAAGAAAGUGAAGAGCUCUGUGGCCCAGUCCUCCCGGUUUAAUCCAACUUUAAUUAGCUGGAUGCCCUUGAAACUUGAGCUUUCUGGAACAGGUCCACUAUUCAGCACUUACCGAAAUGACUUCCACAACUCUUCAAGUGCUGGAUUGUCUUUGCAGAACUCUUCUCAGCAUACUGUAAUGCCGAUUUUGUCACCAUCUGAGAGCUAUAAUACCACCUACCAACAUGCCUACAGCCAUUGUCAGCCUAAUUCCAAGAUUCAAACUAACAUGUUGACAGGAAGAGUUUCCAGUGAGUCCCUGGUAAGGGAGGCCACUUACUCUUAUUUUAAUGGGAAGCCUGAGCCCUCCUUCUCCAACCCAAGAAGGCCAAAAUCAACUCCAUUGGUUACCCUUUCUGUAUCAGACUGUCUCAAGUGGCACACAACAGGAAACUGACACUGACAAUACCUCUUUUUACUUUUUCAUCAUGUGGUUAAGUAUGUUAAAGUGAGUCAUCUGUGCAAUUGAGUUCCACCGUGUCUUUAUCUAUUAUCGAAAGAAGAAUAUCAGAUCAGUUUGUUUUUUGACAAAAAACAUAGCAUUUCAAGAUGGAGACAAACUUCACAUGAUGGUGACUAGCAGGUGAAUUAGAUUCAGGGCAAUUAGAAAUAUUGGCAGUG